CACACACACAGAAAGCACGCACCCACACACGCGCGCGCGCACACAACUUCUGGUGCCGCUGCGCUCUGUCUCGCUCUCGCGCUGUGUAACGGGAAGCAGCUUUUUAGACGCGCGAGACGGUACAAGACGCACGAGAGGACUCGAAAUGCGCACCGGGGAGCGAUGCUUAAGGCUCGCGGCGCUGCUCGCGCUGCCGUCGUGUUUGCUGUUCUUUAACGUGGACGAGAAGAACGGGAUGUCGUUCGAAGGGCCGAUAGAGGACAUGUUCGGCUACACCGUGCAGCAGUUCGAGAACAGCGAGGGGAAGUGGGUCCUGAUUGGUUCUCCUCUGACGGGCCAGCCAGCCAAGCGGACCGGAGACGUCUACAAAUGCCCCGUGGGUCACGGCAGAUCUUCCGGCUGUAUAAAAUUAGACUUGCCUGAAAGCACGACGAUCCCAAACAUACACGAAGUCAAAGAGAACAUGACGAUGGGCACGACGCUGGUGGCCAAUCCAGACGGGAAUGGAUUUCUGGCGUGCGGCCCUCAGUACGGCUACAUGUGUGGAAAUCAGCAGUACAUCACAGGCGUCUGCUCCAACAUCAGCUCCUCUUUCCAGGUGCUCAACUCCAUCGCCCCGACUGUCCGAGAGUGUACGCAGGACAUGGACAUCGUCAUCGUGCUCGAUGGAUCCAACAGCAUUUUCCCCUGGAAGGAAAUCACAAAGUUUCUGGUCAAGUUUCUGGGAAAGAUUGAAAUCCCUCCAGCCAGGGUGGGCAUCGUGUCAUACGGAGAUGACGUCGGCCACGUUUUUAACCUCAGCCAGUUCUCUACCACAGACGAGCUGGUUAAAAAUGCAGAGAAGAUUCCACAGAGACAGGGCUUGAAAACCAUGACAGCACUGGGUAUCGAUACGGCCAGGAAAGAGGCGUUCACUGCGGAGCGAGGAGCCAGACCGGGGGUCAAAAAAGUCAUGGUGAUUGUCACAGAUGGAGAGUCACAUGAUGACUACAGACUAAAAGAUGUCGUCAAUGACUGCGAGAAGGACGGGAUUGAGAGGUUCGCUAUCGCUGUUCUUGGUGAUUAUCGCCGGCAAAAUAAAAGCAAAGAGCAAGUGAAUACGUUCAUUAACCAGAUCAAAUCCAUUGCAAGCAAUAAAAUGGAAGAUCAUUUCUUCAACGUGGAAGACGAAGCAGCCCUCGUCAACAUCGUCGACGCUCUAGGGAGCAAAAUCUUUGCCUUGGAAGGUACAUCUGGGAAUCACACGUCGUCUUUUGAGAUGGAGAUGUCUCAGUCAGGAUUCAGCGCUCACACGUCUAGGGCGGGUGUGAUGCUCGGCGCAGUCGGGGCGUACGAUUGGAACGGCACCGUCGUCAUGCAGUUGGCCGAUCGGUUCGUCGUGCCCAAAAACAACACCUUCCACAACCCUAAUGUGGAGAGGUACCAAGGCAUGGCCGGAUACGUGGGUUACGACGUGCAGUCAGCAUAUACAGAAUCUGGAGUUCUCUACAUCGCCGGAGCUCCCAGAUACAACCACACCGGCCGGGUUAUUGUGUACCGCUUCAACGGGGAGAACGUCACGGUCACGCAGAACCUCGAAGGAGAACAGAUCGGUUCAUACUUUGGCAGCGUCCUCCAAACACUGGACGUGAACAAUGACUCAUACACAGACCUCCUGCUGGUGGGAGCGCCCAUGUUCAUGGGGCCUGAGAGAGACGAACAGGGACAGGUCUACGUCUACAAGCUCGAGGAGGGCAUGUUCAAACUCGAGAUGAUCCUGCGGCCGGUAAACCAGACAUGCUGCACAGCGCACUCACACGCUUCCUGUACGAGUGUGAAUAAGAAUGAGCCAUGUGGCGCUCGCUUCGGUACGGCCAUCGCCGCUGUCCCGGAUCUCAACCUGGACGGCUAUAAUGAUGUAGUGAUUGGGUCACCACUGGAGAAUGACCACCGUGGGGCAGUGUACAUCUACCAUGGCACUGAGCACACAAUACGAGAAAAAUACGUCCAGCGCAUAGCUUCUGGAGGUGACGGCGAGAAGAUGAAGUUCUUCGGUCAGUCCAUCCACGGAAUCAUGGACUUAAACAAUGACGGAAUUAUAGACGUCACCAUCGGGGGUAUUGGAGGCGCUGCACUGUACUGGUCUCGGGAUGUUGCUGAACUCCAUGCCACUAUGAGCUUCGAUGCCAACAAAAUCAACGUGCAGCAGCCGAACUGUCAGGUCCACAGCAAAGAAACAGUGUGUGUGAUGACAAAAGUGUGUUUCACGUACCUUAUCAAGUCUGAAAAAAAGACCAAGUCAAAGACACUGAUCCACUACACUCUGACUCUUGAUUCUCUGCGUGCCAUUGCGAGAGGAAGAUUUAAAGAUACAGAUGAGAGAAGAAUCCACAAGAACGUCAGCAUCAUAAACAAACAAUGCAUUAACCUCUCCUUCUACAUGUCGGAAAAAUUAGACUUCAGGGAUCCUCUGAUGGUGUCGCUGGACUUCGGGUUAGUGAAUGUAGACGGCGGCCCGGUGCUGGAUGGAACUUUACCAACAUCACUCAAUAAAACGCUUGCUUUAGUAGACUGUGGAAAUGCUGAGAAGUGCACCGCUGAUUUACACCUCCAAGCCACAUCGAAUGUCAGCAGCCUCAUCAUUAAGGCCGACCAGGAGAAGUUCAGCGUCAACAUUAAGAUCUCGAACAGUAAAGAUAAUGCCUACAACACCAAGGUCACACUCAGCACCACGGAAAACAUCAACUACGUCAAAGUGGAGCCUAAAGAGAAAGACUGUGAGGUGAAUCACACUAAGACCGUGUGUGCAGUAGGAUACCCCUUCCUCAAAUCCGACGCAAGCGAAGAAUUCCAGAUCCUCUUCGAGGUCAAUCCAUCUCACAUCCGCAAAGACAUCGUCAUCAACAUUACCGCGUCCACUGAUAGCGAAGAGCACAAGCUUGAGGAUAACUUUAAACAGAUCACCAUCCAGGUGAAAUAUGAAGCCAGGCUGAAGUUCACUGUGAAGAGACACAUAAAGGAAGAACAUAUCAUCGUGAAGGAAGGAGAAACAGCCCCGAGCACCAUCAACGACGUCAGCAUGAUUGGAGAGGACAUGAACAUCACUUAUGAGAUUGAGGGAGGUGCCGAGAUGCAGAGUCCUCCUCUCAGUCUGACCAUCACGUUUCCAUUUAAGACAGGGUCUAAAAACUUCCUGCUCUAUUUGACUAGCAUCAAAGCAACAGCUAAUAUCGAGUGUAAAGCAGAUGUUAACCCUCUAAAUAUCAACCAUAACCAUUCGAUCACCCACAAAGUGAAAGCUGAGACACUCAGUGACUAUCUGAUGAGGUGUAAUGAGUCGGCAAACCCCUGCGUGUCAUUCAGGUGUGAAAUUCCUGCUGCCAAGUUUAACCAAAUCAACAUCACCUUCAGAGUCUGGAAGCAGACGUUUAUCAUGGGCGAGUUUUCCAGUCUCAUCUUAACGGUUCACGCUAAACUGAAGAUUAAGGACAUGGAUUACUUCCAGUUAAACAAAAACGAUGAAAGCAGAGAGGUGACUGUGCAAAUCUCGAAAAAGUCCCGGAGUGGAAUUCCUCUGUGGAUCAUCAUCCUGAGCAUCCUCAUAGGACUACUAAUACUGGCACUAGUUAUAUUCUGUCUUUGGAAGUUCGGCUUCUUUAAAAGAAAAUCAAUGGAAGACAUGAAGGAGGAUAUGAAAGACAGUUAAAGGCUCCAGUCUUCAGGUCUGCAGCCUUCCAAAGCCCUCAGGUCGAACUCACACUCACGGACCCACAGAGACGCUACGCAUUACAGUUGAACAGAAUGGACCAGAAGCGUCACCGACGUCCACCUGAACAUCUUGAGAGUCUAGAUUGUUUGGAUUUUCAAGAUGGUUUCUCAAGACGGCUUCCCAUCACCAGUUGGAUUUGUGUUGUGUUGUCAUCUUUAUUCAUUCUUUAUGCCUUUCAAAAUCCCAGCACAGGUGCUCUGCAUUUCAACAUUGCAAUAAGAUAGUAUAAACUAUCGAACCGAAAAAUACAGCUUUUUUUUAUUUAAUCUUAGUAAUAUACAGCAGAUAAACAAAUAAAAAUAUGAACGAUUGAUGAUUGACGGUCAUUUAGGUGUUUUAAACUCUAUGAUGUUAACUGGCCGCUUCUUUAAGACACGGCUUCUUUCCUUAUUAUAUGUGCCUUCACCGUCUAGCAACGUAUUGUACGUAUAAAAAAAAAAAGAUGGAAAAAAAUUAAAAUAAAUUAAAGGUCUGCAACAACAAAGUGCCAACUAUAACAAAUAUAAGGCAAAUAAUUUUUUUCUUACUGUUAAACACAUUGCAUUCGAGGUCAGUAUGUAGCUAGUUUUUCUGUCCUUAUAGACAAUUAAGCGUCCUUUAGCACACUUCUCUGCUUCGAAGCUAUGAAGCGUUUGACACUGAUCUCCAUCACAUCCUUCUGAGUUUUUCCUCACCUAAGUGCUGGGGAUCUGACUGAUUGUACUGUAAAUGUAUAUAAGAGUAAAAUUGUAUAUAAAGAGACAUUAUCUGUAAAUGAACUAAUAUCCAAAUGAUCGAUUAACCCUUGUUCAUCAAUAGAGGUUUAGAUUAGUUUGCUCAAAAAGAAAUCUUAAAAUUGAAAACAAGUCCGUCCCAUUUUAUAUAACUUUUUUUUUUUAUUACAUUCUGCUUAAAAAUAGCCUAGUAGUAACAAAUCCUAUUAUUAGUUUUAUAAUAUCGUUUAGUUUUAUGUAUCGUUUUAGCUCUCGAUUUGGGCUUAAACAUGUGCUGAUAACAAGCUUGAUGCUUUAUUCAUCCAUUCCCUAGACCUUAAGUGUGUGUAGGGAUGUGGGGUGGGCCAAGGGGUGUUUGAGCCAUGCUUGGUCCAGAUUUCAGUAUCCUGAUUAAAACUAAUGAGCUGGCAGAGCACCACCUGAAGGUCACGGCUGUACAGUAGGUGGUGACCACUGUAUUUUUCUCCUUUUUACAACCACGGCAGGACCUCCAGUCAGCAUUAACACACUCAUUGUGAACCAUUGCUACAUAGAUAAAUCGGAUGCAAUGGGGCAUCUCAUUGUUUCCAGGGUCUCCACUUUGAUCCUGACCUCAGGUUACCAUCUGUGUUAAGUGUCACAUGUUUCCUGUUCCAUCCAUUGUCCAAAAACUUGCAGAUACAUGGACUGGCGGACCUAACUUUUUCCUAGGUGUGUAUCUGGUGCCCUAAUGAUGACAUGGCGUCCCAGUUCCAGCCUCUACGCAACCCAAAACAUGAGAUAGACAGGAUAUCUGGAAGCUUUUCGAACAUCAAUAUAGAGUAGUAGCAAUAUACUACACACCUAUUAGAUUUAGUUUGAUCCUUGCUGUUCUUCUCUUUAGUCCGUAUAGAUUUUUUACAAAUUACAUUUUUAAUUUAUAUAUGUUUGCAUUUAAGGUGGUAAAAUGUUGCUGUUCUUUUAUGAUCCUGCAGGUGGCGUGCUCUAAACUACUAACACAGUACAGUGCGGUAGGAGCAUUAUCAAUAUCGAAUCACAAUAUUUAUAAAAUCAAAUCGCCAGCUAGGUAUCGUGAUAAAACCGUAUCGGGUCAUCCCAGGUGAUUAAUUGUAUAUCUUUUAUGCAGUUCGAUGAUUUGUGCUCUUGUCCUUUUAUAACAAUAUGUUUUUCACAACUCUCUCUACCAAGUUGCUGUUUGUAUAACUUCCUUCAUGCGCUCGAGUUGUGUGCACAUAGUGUGUUGUACAAUCCGUUGUUGUUAUUCAGCAUUGUUUAUAAAUAUCCUGUUCGGGAAUUACAUUUUUUAUUCUAAUGUCUUUGAUGUUUUAAUGACUCAAUUAUUCAGGUCUAGAUUGUAGCUCUUUCUCUUGUUGUUACAUUUUUGAUUCAGCCUUUCAUGUUUUUGUUACUUUGUUAAAACACACACGUGCUCUAUAUUGAAUUUUGUUUGCUUAUAUUACAUUCGAGCUCAUCCCUGUUGGUGUCAGAACUCCACUGCUGCAAGCACAUGUAUUAAGUAUAGGCACGUUUAGGGUGUGAGAAAGAGAGAUUCUGUUUGUUUGUGUGUGUGUGUGUUUGAACUCACUGCUGUGAACCAGGUAAUGCACUGUUUUUUUUUUGUUUGUUUGUUUUUGUUUUUGUCAUUCUGUGUAUAUAUCCUUCCUUAUACCACGGAUUUGAAAAGAAUUGCACAUUAUGUCUGUUUAAAAAUAUGCACAUAAAAUAAAUGUCUUUUUUUAUGAACUUA